AUGGAAGCCGUCUCUGUGCUUGCGAAAGCCUUAGCUUCCGACAAACUGAAGAUCCGGAAGCGAGCUCAACUGGAUGUCUCCAUAUUGCUGCGUAAACAACAGGAUAAGAGCAAUAUCCCAUCCUACACUGAAAUGCUGGCCAUUUGCAAAGGCCUGCAUUACAGCCUAUGGAUGCAAGACAAACUACUGCUGAAGGAAGAAGUAGUGCAUCGCAUAUGCUCCACUUUACCACUCAUCCCCAAUCCAGUGGUGCGCCACUAUUACUUCAAUGGGAUAUUUGAGACACUUGCUCGCGAGUGGGACAAACUGGACAACUGGAGAGUGGAUAAAUUUAUGAUGUUGGCCCGCGAUUUUUUUGUACAAGGUUUGAAAAGUUUUCCUGCCGUGGAUUCAAAACUGUGGAAUUCGUUCUUGGAUUCCGUGUUUGAAAAAAUACUGAACACAGAUGUCCAGCAUGCUGUUGGACUUAAGUUACACAUGUGUAAUGUGUUGUGUGAGGAACUUUCGCGGAAAAAAGUCAAGAACCGUUGUAUCGUUAGUACACUCACACAACUUGUCUGUUGCCUGGCUAAGCUACCUCGACACCACAGCUACCCGCACUCGAUCCUACAUUCGAUUUAUCGACUAUUGGGUAUUUUGAGAAAACGCUCCAAGCCCAUGGUUGGCAAUUUGUUAGCCACUUUAGAUAGCUUUGCUACACAACAAGUGGCUCACCGCAAGUCUCUGAAGAGGAUAACCGCUGUUGUACGCACCAUCGCGGAUAGAAAAACUGUUGAGACUGAUUCUACCGCGAACCAGUUCGUCGGCUCUGAUGAUUGUGCAUGCAGUGAUGAGUCCUCAGCUCCAAGUUCCUUCAUCUCUGAAGUCACAGUCGAAUCCCAAAGUGCAGCGCCUCCAUCUCAGCCUGUGAGCAAAAAAAGGAAAAAAUCCGAUAAACUUACUGGCCCAAAAGAUAAGCGGCGCCGUUUGUCCAAAAGUACCGAGCGUACGAUCCUUAUUCAAUUUCUUCCGGUACAACCCCAGUUAUCUCCCCUGGACUCUCAGUAGACUUUGCUUAAUUUCUUACACGUAACAAUUCCAGGUCCUAAUCCCCACGCUUCGUUCGCAGCCUUCAUUGACAACCCUCCAAUCAGAGGAGCUGAUCGAUGCGAAAUCCACUGCUGAGUCACAGCAGCCGGCUGAGGCAUUUUCCGAUGAGAUGACUGCUGUCCCUAUUGGAAGUUUAGCAGACUCUCCGGAUCUUCCCAAUAAUGUCAUUAACACCUGUAAAAGGCGGGUUUCAUUCGGAAAAAUCUUUCGUAAAAGCUUUAUUUCAUCCCGACGAUUACCCCUAACCCCCACCUCAAAAGUGACUCCAACAAAGGGUAUUCUUCGAGAUCCCAACCAGGACCCAACUCGAUCCCGCAUGUCAGUCUGAUGAAUCCGGCCAGUAUACAAAUGCCUCACUAUGUUUUUGAAAAUCGUUACCCAUGAAGACUUGUAUCCGCUCCGGAGUGUAACCAUAAACCUUCAUGGCAUUGUCGAUAACCAUACGUUAAUAAAAUUCACUUGUUUCCAUGA